GGGGGCAAACGGCGGCUGCUUCUUUGCAUUUUGAAUUCCAAAUGCGGCGCACAUUCCGAUUGAUUUUCCUGUGGCUCCUCAUUUUGCUGCCCACUUUGUGCCGCACACACCGCAGCUGCCAGACACCCGACAAAAACUCUGGCAAAUGUGUGCACUUCAGCUCUUGCCGCUUCGUACUGCAACAAUAUGCGAUGUACAAGGAACAUAUGCCGCCGCACAUAAUGCGCUUCCUGCAACGAUCCCGCUGCCGGCCCAAAGUUGAUGGCUAUCAUUUGUGCUGCGAACUGAAAGACGUGAUUCCUGCGAAUGUCAACUCAAAGCUGAAAUGAACUUCAAAGCAUCAAAACAUCUGCCCAAA